AUGUUUCUCACAUUACUUAUCGUAACUCGAGCUGUCGCCGAAUGGGUAGAAAUAUCUCAACAGCACUAUAGAAAACCGAUGCACACCUAUCAUAGCAUCCAUAAUCCGUUUACAACCCCAAACAAAAUGGAAGUGGAAGAGACUACUCAAUCCUGGACUUACAACAAAAGUGUUUCUGAAUACGAUUGGAAAAAAGGUUCUAAAAUACAAUCUAACGAUGGAAAUCUUAAUCGGGUACAAUUGAAGGGUGCUUCAAAAUCAGCAGAACCAGUGCAUAUACAAGAACACCAGUAUUCUGACUAUGAUGGCAAUGAAUUCGAUCUAAGAACUAAUUACGGACCUACCAGACCAACUGUAGACUUAAGUGACAAUGUUAAGCAAAAAGGUAUAAUUGAAAAAGUACCUAAUAUUGGAAGUGUUAAGAGAGUUUCAUUAAGUAAUACUCCUAUAAAAUCACCAUUUGAAAAUAUCAAAGGUGAUAGAGAAACAGCAGCUAAAAAUCGUUAUGAGGAACUGCCCCUAAAUAAUGAACAACGAAUACAUGUGCCUAAUAAAGUUUUAGAUACAAAAUCAAAUAAAAGAAGGAUUUAUGUAAAUAAUCUAAGAGAUCGGAUUAACAAUGAACAUCCGAAUGCUUUCCCUAAAGAUGAAGAGGAAAUCUUUACCACGGAAGCGCAAGGCUUAAGAAGACAGCCAAAUCCAGAAUUAACAGAUGACAUUACCUUACGUAAAAGAUUUCAGACAUUUGACCAUAAUAAGAGACCUGGAGUAACUGAAAAGAAAAAUAUUUUUACUACGCCUGCUACUAACGUUGAUGAAUCUACCAUUAUAAAACAUAAUAAAAAUCUAUAUCAGCAAUCGACGAUACAGCCUCAUAAAGAUUAUGAAACUGAAUCACGUGACAAAAUUAAUGAGCUCACUAAACAUCACCCAUCAAAUAAAGUUCCUCAAACUGAACAUAAAGAAAACCACAUAGAGAUCAUUAACAAUGAUCAGAAAAUAUUUAAAAAUGGGGAUCAAGAGGAAAUUAACGUAAAUUCUGGUGGUGAAAAUGAAAUCGAACAAAAACACAACAAAAAUAUCAGUCAAGGUGGCCAAAAGGUCAUUACAUCAAAAGAAACCAAACCUGAAAACAAAAUUGGCAGUAUGGCGAAUCUGUUAAAGAUAAUGAAAGUAUUGGCCGAUACCAUAUCACAGAAUACGAGACGCAGCUUCGGUGGCAAGAUGAAAUACCUACACGAGUUAAAAGAUACCAUAUUAGAUAAUAUUGCAGGACGCAUAGAUGCUACAUGGCCCGAUGAUGACGUCGGUGUCCCUCAUAGGCGCGCCCGUUCCGCACAAACGAAAUCGCGCGGCCAUCACGUUCAAUUUCCUUCUUCAGAGAGUGCCCUCAUGACUAUAUCGUUCCUCACUUUCGCAGUAUUCCUCAUUAAACUAGUUUUGCAAAUUAUCCACACAUACAAGAACAAAACCAUGAUGGUGGCUCCGCUUAUGGUAUCCGCAUCAGGACGAACCGUUUUCACUCAUCACGGACACCACUGA